AUGCCAACAUUCAUUGGAGACCAGAAUAGGAGUAGAAUGGAGGGAAGAAAGCGCAGAUUUCCUAAAGAAGUGUACUAUGGUUUCUCAGUGAUGACUUUAGGACUUCUCCAUGUGCUUUGCUCGUCCCCCAGAAUAAAACUAUUGCUAGAAACAAAGCCAACAUCCGUUGAAGAUGCAGACAUUUUAAUAUUUAACGGAAAGGCGUUUGAUGUAAAAGAAGAACAAGUUGAAGAGGCCGGUAUUACGUAUCUGAUUAGAGAGUAUGUAAAGAACGGAAAGUACCGAUAUGUGUAUAUAAAUGGCACCCGGCUAAUAUUUAACUGGAGAACUGGGGAGUAUUAUAAGCCACGGGGAGCUAAGUACAUUGACACACUGACGAGGCAGGAAAGAGAAAUACUGUUUGGAAAGAAUUUGCUAGUGACAAAGAGCAAAAGUAAUUUUUACAUAUUCUUUGAUGCGCUGUUUGACACAAUCAACGUAUAUACAAUUUUUGGUAUUUUGUUAUGGAUUUAUAUAGAGUAUUAUGUCUAUGCCUUUAUUAUCUUUCUACUUAUGGCAUUUAAUCUGAUGAAUGAGGUAACGGCAGAUGUACAGAAGAACGACCAGUCAGAUAAAAUAUCCAAAGUGGAGAGACACUCUUUUAUAGUUUCCAACGACACCGUAUCCGUAGUGAAGGAAGCAGACAUUGUGCUGGGCGACUUAUUGAUGCUGUUUCCCUUUGCAGAGGUUCCCUGCGACUGCGUCGUUAUCAGUGGAUCUGUUGCAGUGAAUGAAGGAUUUGUUACUGGCGAGUCUGUUCCUGUUCUAAAAAAAGAAGGAGCUGAGGUUUUGGCAGGAUCUAUUGUUUUUCAAGCGAUGGCUCAGGACGAUUUGCAAUAUGUAUACAAGGGCGAGGACUCUGAACUCAGGAAGUAUUUAGAGCUGAAUAAUUGUUGUUUGGUGCGUGCAGUCAGAAUAUCUUACAACUCUGCUAGAGGAAAGGCAUUUAAAAAUUUGAUUGGUCAGAAAAUAACUAAACCACCAAUAUACUAUGACACAAUUAAGGUGAUUGGUGCUAUCGGAAUUAUGCUUAUACCAUGCGUUGCAUCUAUAUUUACUUAUUUACAUGGCAGUGUGCCCACUAAGACUUUAAUGUGUUAUAUGUUUGAUCUUAUAUAUGCGCUGGUGUCUCCUUCACUUCCCACAGCUAUCUGGGUAGGAAUGUCUAUGUGCGCACAAAGACUUCAUAGAAGAAAGAUAGUAUGCAAGGACAUCUCAAUAAGCAACAUCUCGGGCACGAUUACAAAAGUAUGCUUUGACAAGACUGGAACACUUACAGAGGAAGGGCUUGACAUAAAGUGUAUAAACAUUGAUGGAGUGGAGAUUUAUUCGAUAGAAGAUAUAAAAGAUCCUAUUGUUAGGCAGGCCCUUAGUCUAUGCCACUCUGUGGAGAAAAUAGGAGACAGGCUUAUUGGAGAUCCAUUGGAUAUUAAGUUGCUGCAAUUUGCUGAUGGAGAUGUAGAAUAUAUAGUGUCAAAUCAAAAAAUGCAAAAAACUAUCACUGCUGAUGGAAAGCCUAUUGGGAAAAUAAAAGAAACAUUUGACUUUGACUCGACAAUAAGGAGGAUGUCUACUGUUGCAGAUCUUAUGUGUGGAAACACAUACGUAUUUACUAAGGGAUCAACCGAGACAAUCCAGUCCAUCACAGAAAGCCAGGAUGAUGUUAACAGAAAUAUAGAAAUAGUUAGUGGGUAUACAAGAGAGGGAUAUAGAGUUAUAUCGCUAGCAGGAAAACCUGUAAAGACUAGCUUGUCUAGCCGGGCAGAGGUAGAGUCCGAUUUAAAGUUGUUGUGCACCAUUGUGUUUGAGAAUAAACUGAAGGAGGAAACUGCCAAAACAAUAGAGGUUCUUAAGAAGGCAGGCUUAUCAAAUAUAAUGUGUACUGGGGAUGCAUUAUUAACUGCUGUGUCUGUAGCAAUGCAUUGCGGAAUAAUUGAUCCACACGUGCCGGUUAUAUAUCCAAAAUUCAAUGCACAAAAAAAGAGCAUUGAGUCUAUAGAGUGGGAGUGUGUUAACGAUGAUGUUGUUUUUGAUAAAAUGUUAAUGAAAGUUAAAAAGGGCCAGGACUACGAAUCGUACAUUGACUAUGUGAUUGCUGUCGAGGGCGCCCUGUUUGAUCAGCUUAUGGCAUCGCUAGAGUACAAGCAGCUUCUUCAAAGGCGGUGCAAGGUCUUUGCUCGGAUGAAUCCUCUGCAAAAGAGCCAGGUUGUUGAAAUGUAUAAGGAAACAGAUUUAGUGUGUUUUGUUGGGGAUGGGGCUAAUGACUGUAAUGCAAUACAAAUAGCAGAUGUGGGCAUCUCUCUGUCAAACUCCGAAGGUUCAGUUGAGUACUGUGUUUCAUCGUAUCUGUCAUAUACCAAGGAAAUAUCCUGUAUACUUGAUAUUAUAAAGGAGGGGAAGUGUGCACUUAUAACUACUCUAAGCAAAAUAGAACAGAUCCUUAUAAUAACCAUAUCCCAGUUUAACGCGCUGCUAAUUCUCUUAUUUAAAGGACUGUUCAUGUCAGAUACGCAGAAUAUAUAUAUAGAUAUUCUCAUAAACAUUCCACUUUCCAUACUCAUGUCCCAAUUUAGAGCAUCUUCUAAACUAUCUAAUAAAAGGCCGCAAAAAAGACUUGCUGCUUGGCCGCCGCUUGUUGGAAUAGUUGUGCACUGCUUCACGCAUUUAGUGCAUCUUCUUAUUCUACUGAAGUAUAUGGAGUAUCUAGGCCAUGUAAAAGUAGAUCCAUCGAAGCCAAACAAGCUAUCAGAGCAGUCUCAGCUGGCAUCCGGAAUAUUUCUUAUGUCAAACCUGCAGGCACUUUAUUCUGGGCUAGAAUACACGCCAGGCGCACCCUUUAGAGAAAACAAAAGUAGUAACAAGCUGUUUGUGGGGUUCUACAUCUUUCACUUAGUGCUUUUUGAGCCUUUUGUUUAUUGCAGUAAGUGAUGUUUCUGGGUCUAACACUUAUUUCUUUGUUAAAAUCAGAAGUUUUUUUAAUCUUUUACCACUAUCGCUUAAUGCAACCCUUGCGAUUCUUAUUCUUACUGUUUCAG